UAUUGCCAAGGGCAUGAGUGCAUAUAUUAACGAAAGUUUAGGGAUUUCAUCUAAUGCGGAUUCGGAGGCUAACACCCCGCUGACAACAGCAGCGUUACUUGAUCUUUAUUCUGGUUGUGGUGGCAUGUCCACUGGAUUAUGCUUGGGUGCAGGACUAGCUGGCCUGAAACUUGAGACGCGAUGGGCAGUUGACUUUAAUAGCCACGCAUGCAAAAGCUUCAAAUCUAACCAUCCACAUACCGAGGUUCGGAACAUGAAAGCGGAGGAUUUCCUCUGUUUGCUCAAGGAAUGGGCACUUCUUUGUGACAAAUAUGUUCACGGUAAUAAUACUGGUGCAGCUCCUCCCACGGAGGAUGAGGAAGAGGGUGAACUUGAAAAGGAUGAGUUUGUUGUAGACAAGCUCACUGAAAUCUGCUAUGGUGGCGCUGAUAGGAAAAGUUGCAUCUAUUUCAAAGUCCAGUGGAAAGGAUUUGGCCCCGAAGAGGAUACUUGGGAGCCCAUUGAAAAUCUUUGUGAUUGCCCACUGAAAAUAAUGGAGUUUGUUCAAGAAGGUUACAUGCGAAAAAUCUUGCCUUUGCCUGGUGAUGUAGAUGUCUUAUGUGGGGGCCCGCCUUGUCAAGGGAUAAGCGGGUUUAAUCGGUAUAGAAACCGUGACGAACCACUAAAAGAUGACAAGAACAGACAGAUAGUCAUCUUUAUGAACAUCGUUUCCUAUCUGCGGCCAAAAUACGUUUUGAUGGAAAACGUGGUGGAUAUCCUUAAAUUCACCGAUGGAUAUUUGGGUAGGUAUGCAUUGAGCCAUUUGGUGGCUAUGAAAUACCAGUCCCGGAUGGGAAUUAUGGUAGCGGGCUGUUACGGUCUUCCACAGUUCAGAAUGCGCGUCUUCCUUUGGGGUGCCCUCCCUACAAUGGCGCUCCCAAAAUAUGCUCUUCCGACUCAUCACGCCGUUGUACGAGGUGGAGCGCCAAAUGCAUUCUUUGAAAACAUUGUAGCGUAUGAUGAAACUCAGAAGCCAAACUUGGAAAGGGCAUUGGUUCUUGACGAUGCUAUUUCAGAUUUGCCGGAGGUUGGUAACGAUCAACCUAGUGAUGUAAUGGAAUACCUUGUUGAACCAAAGACGGAAUUUCAGCGCUACCUCCGCCUUAGUCGCAAAGAAAUGUUGGACUGCUCAUUUGGAGAUAUAGCUGGUCCUGUAGAAGGAAAGCUAUUGGAUCACCGGCCUCUAAAGCUGAACAAAGAUGAUUUCGAGCGUGUGAGGCGGAUACCAUACAAGAAGGGGGCCAACUUCCGUGCCUUGGAAGGUGUAAGAGUAGGGCCGAAUAAUGUUGUGCAGUUUGACCCUAAUAUUCCACGAGUUUAUCUUGAGUCAGGCAAACCAUUGGUUCCUCAGUAUGCGAUGAAUUUUGUCGGGGGCAAGUCUUUGAAGCCAUUUGGACGACUAUGGGGAGACGAGACAGUUUCAACAGUUGUGACCAGAGCUGAGCCACAUAAUCAGGCUAUACUGCACCCAAGUCAGGCGCGUGUGUUGACUGUUCGCGAGAAUGCAAGGCUGCAGGGGUUCCCGGACUAUUACCAAAUGGACGGACCCAUCAAGCAACGGUACAUGCAAGUCGGAAAUGCGGUGGCUGUGCCUGUCGCCCGAGCUCUGGGUUACUCUCUGGGCCUCGCAUACCUGCGCAAACACGAUGGGAGCGGCGACCCGCUGUUUGUGCUGCCCACCAACUUCUUCAACCCGGGGCAGACCGAGGCCAUCGCGAGGGCUUCAUCGGUUGGAUUGCCUGCAGGCGAGGUUGACGAGGAAUAGGAUGCAGGAAGCUUCCUUUGCUGCUGGUCUCUUGAAUUCGAUCCAUUUUUGAAACUUAACUAGCUUGCUGUAAGUGGUUAUAGGAUUGAUGAUUGGUUACAACUUACAAGGGCACUACUGAUUGGGUGUUUAUUUCUUCUAUUCAUUCAUGUUUCUCUUAACCACUUACAACUUACAAGG